AGGCGGCCUUUCUAAGGGGAGCACACACCCAUCCCCUUUCCACCCUUCCUCCCAUCUUCCUGGCACAAAAUUAGUCCCUCUAAAUACCGACACACUCUCUUUUUAGUUUCACUCCUCAUCUGAUUUAGAGAAAAGCAUCUGUCUCGAGCAAUAGAUUUAUCUACUUCUCUGGGAAAAUGUCAUUUCUACUCAUAACUGUAACGGGUUUGCACCUGAUUGCACUGGUCAUCCUCUUCAUUGCAACACUGGACAAGACAUGGUGGGUUAAUAACGAUCAGAAAGGAGAUCUGUGGUACAAAUGUUUUUAUGAAAAUCACACAGAUGCGUGGACUUGUGAGUCUGCGACAGACAAUGAAUGGCUUCACGCUAUCCAGGCACUCAUGAUUCUCGCAGUUCUUUUCUGCACAGUCUCCCUUGUGCUGUUUCUGUGUCAGCUGUACGCCUUGAAGCAAGGUGGUCUCUUCUAUGCAACAGGAAUCUUCCAAAUAUUUGCAAGUCUUGCAGUGCUCACUGGUGUGGUUAUCUAUACAGUUCAUGUUGCCGAAAUCCAGAAAAAUCCUAAUGGUCAUUUUGGACACUGCUUCUACCUGGCAUGGGUGGCAUUUCCCCUUACCAUGGUCAGCGGGAUCAUGUAUAUCCACCUUCGCAAACUAGAAUGAUUACACGUCCAUCUAUAUUCAUGAGUCUACUGUGUAUUUGUCUGAUAAAAUGUAUAUAGUGUACAGCUGUGUUAUUCCAGUUAAGUAAGAAACUUGUUUUUUUAUUAGAAAGAUCUGAUUAUUUUGUUUAAACAGAUGUAAAUAAUAGAGUAAUAUGUGUAUCUUAAAUAUCUAUAUGUCUGUCUAUACAUGCAGUUAGUUUUUAUGACCUUUUGACUAUGACACUGGUGUAUUAAAUAGUAUCUGGUUAAUACUAAUUCCAUUUAAACACAAACAUAUGAAGCCCUGUUCUUAAUGUAAUUUUGCAUUCUCUAUUACCUCACCCUGUGUAUAUGUUUGACUUUUUGUGUGUUAAACAGUGGAUACCCCUUUUAAGAUGCUGUUUGAGAAUAUAUUGUGUUUAUAUAGGUGGCAAAAGGUUAGAGCUACCUUGAUGUUUCUCAGCAGCAGCAAAACUGCAUACUACAGUAUAUAAAUUAUUUAGAAUACAAAAGGCUAAAAAUAAAAAUGUAGUAAAAUGAAA